CCUGUCAGUGCCCAUCAAUGCCACCUAACAGUGCUGCCUAUCAGUGGCCAUCAGUGAUGCCUGUCAAUGCCCAUCAGUGCCACCUAUCAGUGUCCAUCACUGCAGCAUCAUUAGCGCACAUCAGUGAAGGAGAAAAAUCACUUAUUUACAAAAAUUUAUAACACAAACUAAAACUUUUUUUUUUUUUCUUCAAAAUUUUCAGUAAUUUUUGGUUUGUUUAAUAAAAAAAUAAAAAACCCAGAGGUGAUUAA